GUGAAGUGUAGCUGCCACAGAGAAUAGUCGGCUGAAUAAACGUAGCUGUCACAGUCAGAGAAAGACCACCGCAGAACUGCAGUUACAGGAGAGGGGGGUGUCUCUAGCAGUGCACACGAUAUAUAAAUAAACACUCAAGCAUAUACCAGAAUCAGGUGAGAAAACUUUGAAUCUUGGCAUUGUAUUAUUUUAAACUUAUUAUAUUUUAUGUUUAAUUUAAUUGUAGGGGACCCUCUGAGACUGCUGUGUGCAUACGUUCAGAUUUGUAUUGUGGCAAUGGUGUAGCUAGGGCCCUUAACUUCCGGGGAAGCCCGGCGGAAAGGCCACUAUUUUUUUGCUCUACCUAACCCCUCCCCCCCCCCCUUACCAAUAAACUCUUACGUUGUUUGAAAAUACCACCCCUUAAUACAGUUGGCCCUUAACUUCCGGGGAAGCCCGGCGGAAAGGCCCCUUUUUUUUUGCCCCACCUAACCCCUCCCCCCCCCCCUUACCAAUAAACUCUUACGUUGUUUGAAAAUACCACCCCUUAAUACAGUGCUCCACGAAAAUAUCACCCAUUAAUACAGUGAUCCUCAAUGUUUUUCUCCGGGCAGCCGACCUAGAGCUUUCGCAAAUGCCCCGAUAGACAAGUUAAACCAGACAAAAAUAUUUGAGCUCAGCGUACAUAUUGAAAAUUAACAUUGGCCGGAAAAAUUUUGUAUACUUAAUGGCGUAUUGAUGACGUUGAUAAAUAAAUAUGUUUUAAAGGGAAAAUAAAAAUAGAUUAAUACAGCAGAGUCACUAUUAAAAAAAAAAGGAAUUUUUUUUUUUUACAAACUUUUAAGACUACUACCUAGAAUAAAAUAAUUAUUAUUUUAGCUUGUUUCAAGUUACGUGGCUGUUUUAUACUUCAUGCUAUAACAAAAAGAGUAGCUCAAAGUUUGAGAUUAGUCUUCAAAAAAAACCUGACCUAAUAUUUCUUUUGACAGACACACAGAAAUCAUCCAAUUUAAUUUCAGUGAACUUUUAAUUUUAGUUAGCAGCCAUUCUUCUAUGCCAUUACGAAAUGUCUUUUGAGCAGAAGAAAGAAUGGCUGAUACGAUUGUACUGCUUCGUUCAACUGUGCAAGAGUAUUGGUCAAAAUGUAAGCCAUCCUGCUGGCUGCUAGAACUGUUGAGUUCGUGUGAGUUCGUGUGAGUUCGUGUGAGUUCGUAUGAGCUCGUGUGAGUUGUGAUUUUGAACUAAGCCUUGGCGUUUUGUUUCCACGGAGUUCUCGUGUUUUUUCAUUGACCCUCCUUAUUUCUGUAGCCGAUGAGUCUUUCGAUGGGUGUCAUAUGCCAGAAUAUACAAUUUAGAAUGCGGGGAAAAAAAUAGUUGACGCAAAAAGAUACGAGAUCAGCGUAUCCGUCAACCUGACAUGCCUCAAGAUACACGCUGAGGACCUUGGCCGUGUAUCAGUCGACUUGACUUGUCUCAAGAUACACGCUGAGGACCUUGGCCGUGUAUCAGUCGACCUGACAUGCCUCAAGAUACACGCUGAGGACCUUGGCCGUGUAUCAGUCGACUUGACUUGUCUCAAGAUACACGCUGAGGACCUUGGCCGUGUAUCAGUCGACUUGACUUGUCUCAAGAUACACGCUGAGGACCUUGCUCAAGAUACACGCUGAGGACCUUGGCCGUGUAUCAGUCGACUUGACUUGUCUCAAGAUACACGCUGAGGACCUUGGCCGUGUAUCAGUCGACUUGACUUGUCUCAAGAUACACGCUGAGGACCUUGGCCGUGUAUCAGUCGACUUGACUUGUCUCAAGACACACGAUCAGGACCAGGACCGUGUAUCAGUCAACCUGACAUGUCUUAAGACACACGCUGAGGACCAGGACCCUGUAUCAGUCAACCUGACAUGUCUUAAGACACACACUGAGGACCUUGGGCCAUGUAUCGAUCAACCUGACAUGUUUCAAGACAUACGCUGAGGAACAGGGCCGUCUGAAGGGGGGUUGAAGUGGGCCCUCGCCCUUUCGCCCAAUCGUUUUCAAGUGUUCCAUUUCAUGGUGGUGCUUUAGUCUAUAUAUGAGAUUAAUUAGACACGGACAAUUUGUGUCAAUAUAACAAUAUAUGUUAAGCUUUAAUAAUAAUCUUACAUAAGACACAAGUAGACAUAUAUGAGGGGCGGCAUUUUCAGAAUGUGAAUCUUUUUAUUUAUAAUCCCUUGGCUCACCCAAUGUACACGUGUACAUUCGGUGAUAUGUGAAUGGACAAGCACAGAAGUCGUUUAAUUUUUGGAGACCCCCCCCCCACAUACACACACAUUUGUUUUUUUACCUUUCGUUUUUUUUUUCUAGUCUUUUUUUUUUUUUUUUUUUUUUUUUUUUUUUUUUUUUUUUCUAGUCUUUUUUUUUUUUUUUUGGUUUGCUUUUAGUUAUUUGUCUCAUCAGCACUUAAUUCUGCGGGUCCCAAAGUAUCCGAGGGCCUCCUGCAGCGGCAAUGAAAUCCGUGAUCACACGCUAGCUCCGUGGUGAUGUUUUUACACCUGGGUAUUAAUCGAUUCAUUGUCUCAUUUUUAUCAACACGCUUUAAUAAAGUUUACGCCCUCGAUAAAAUUCUUUGCGCUUUCUCAUCUUGGAAACAUUUCGCCGAGGUUUUUACCAUUAUAAAAGAAAUUCUAAAAAGCCCCAUUUGUACCUCGUCCAGUCCCAUUCAAAGGGACCCCUGUCACGUAUCACCUUAAUGCCCCCCACCUUAUUACAUUUAAAGUUAUUAUUUUUUUUUUUUAAAUCCCAACUAAGGGCCCUCUCAGUAGCAUAUCAGAGGUCCCCCCUGAAGCCGCAGCUGUUUCAAGGUACACGUGACGGCUCUUAUUAAGGUGAACCGUCAAACUUUAAGACGUUUUCUAUAACGUUGUCGAACCUCGUGCAUCUUUAAAGACGCACUUUUAGACCCUUACAAAAUGAAGAUCCUAUUUGCGUCUUUGCAGCUAAAGGCAUUUCUUGCUUGUAUCAACUUAUUCACAGCCACAUCGUCCUACGUGACGAUAUUAUUCUACUCGAAAUGUGGUUGUGAAAUGACGUGAAAACAACAUAUUCUACUUGAUAUGGGGUUGUGAAAUGACGUGACAAGAUUAUUCCAUUCGGUAUUGGGUACUGAAGUGACGUGACAACAUUAUUCUACUUGAUAUGUGGUUGUGCAAUGACGUGAAAACAACAUAUUCUACUUGAUAUGGGGUUGUGAAAUGACGUGACAAUAUUAUUCCUUUCGGUAUUGGGUACUGAAGUGACGUGACAACAUUAUUCUACUUGCUAUGUGGUUUUGAAAUGACGUGAAAACAACAUAUUCUACUUGAUAUGGGGUUGUAAAAUGACGUGAAAACAACAUAUUCUACUUCAUAUGUGGUUGUGAAAUGACGUGAAAACAACAUAUUCUACUUGAUAUGUGGUUGUGAAAUGACGUGACAAGAUUAUUUCAUUUGGUAUUGGGUACUGAAGUGACGUAACAACAUUAUUCUACUUGAUAUGUGGUUUUGAAAUGACGUGAAAACAACAUAUUCUACUUGAUUAUUGGUUGUAAAAUGACGUGAAAACAACAUAUUCUACUUGAUAUGUGGUUGUGAAAUGACGUGAAAACAACAUAUUCUACUUGAUACGUGGCUGUGAAAUGACGUGACAAGAUUAUUCCAUUCGGUAUUGGGUUCUGAAGUGACGUGACACCAUUAUUCUACUUGAUAUGUGGUCGUAAAUAGAUUUCACAACAUUAUUCUACUUGAUUAUUGGUUGUGAAAUGACGUGACAACACCAUGUCGGGUACAGUCAGCAGUAUUGGUGCUACACAAUGAACGUCUUACUACAGAGAGCCAGCGGAGCGGCAAGCCUUGAACAUUGUGCACUACUCGUAUUAAAACAGUAGGGCGUUUCAGGGGCUAUAAUCAAAGCUAUAUAUAUAUAUGCGAGGACACCUGGUCUUUUCAUGACGUUGAGUUUUGGGGUCAUUUAAAAAUAACAAUCUCACGCAACCACAUUCGAGGGGUUGGAAACGGUUGUCAUUCAAUAGGGUUAGAGAGAUGAACCAAGAGACAUUAAUGUGAUCGGGUUGGCCGAGACGAACCAAAAGACACUAAAUGUGAUAGGGUUGGCAGAGACAAAUCAAGAGACACUAAAUGUGAUAGGGUUGGCAGAGACGAACCAAGAGACAAUAAAUGUGAUAGGGUUGGCAGAGACGAACCAAGAGACACUAAAUAUGAUAGGGUUGGCAGAGACGAACCAAGAGACACUAAAUGUGAUAGGGUUUGUGGAGAUGAACAACGAGACACUAAAUGUGAUAAAGUUGGUAGAGACGAACCAAGCGACACUAAAAGUGAUAGAGUUGGCAGAGAUGAACCAAGAGACACUAAAUGGGAUAAAGUUGGCAGAGACGAACCAAGAGACACUAAAUCUGAUAGGGUUGGCAGAGACGAACCAAGAGACACUAAAUCUGAUAGGGUUAGCAGAGACGAACCAAGAGACACUAAAUGUGAUAGUGUUGGCAGAGACGAGCCAAGAGACACUAAAUGUGAUAGGGUUGGCAGAGACGAACCAAGAGACACUAAAUGUGAUAGGGUUGGCAAAGACGAACCAAGAGACACUAAAUGUAAUAGGGCUUGCAGAGACGAAUCAAGAGACACUAAAUGUAAUAGGGUUGGCAGAGACGAACCAAGAGACACUAAAUCUGAUAGAGUUGGCAAAGACGAACCAAGAGACACUAAAUGUAAUAGGGCUUGCAGAGACGAACCAAGAGACACUAAAUGUAAUAGGGUUGGCAGAGACGAACCAAGAGACACUAAAUCUGAUAGGGUUGGCAGAGACGAACCAAGAGACACUAAUUGUGAUAGGGUUGGCAGAGACGAACCAAGAGACACUAAAUGUGAUAGGGUUGGCAGAGACGAACCAAGAGACACUAAUUGUGAUAGGGUUGGCAGAGACGAACCAAGAGACACUAUAUCUGAUAGGGUUGGCAGAGACGAACCAAGAGACACUAAAUGUGAUAAGGUUGGCAGAGUCGACCAAGAGACACUAAAUCUGAUAGAGUUGUCAGAGACGAACAACGAGACACUAAAUGUGAUAAGGUUGGCAGAGUCGACCAAGAGACACUAAAUCUGAUAGGGUUGGCAGAGACGAACCAAGAGACACAAAAUGUGAUAAGGUUGGCAGAGUGGACCAAGAGACACUAAAUCUGAUAGGGUUGGCAGAGACGAACAACGAGACACUAAUUGUGAUAAGGUUGGCAGAGUCAACCAAGAGACACUAAAUCUGAUAGGGUUGGCAGAGACAAACCAAGAGACACUAAAUGUGAUAGGGGUUUAUCAAGCGUAUGAAAAGCACCUGAUCUAGGUAAAUUUUGAGAUAGAGAUUUUUUUUUAAAAUCACAAAUUUACAUCAGAAGAGAUAGAUUAAUUGGCCGAAAAAAAAUAUUUCUUAAAGAUUUGUAUUUGUUAACAUAAUUUAUACAUAUAAAUAUUAAUAUAAAUGUGUAUAUAUAUAUCUAUAUAUAUAUAUAUAUAUAUAUAUAUAUAUCUUUCUCUCGUUAUCUCCCUAUCUCUCUCUUUCUAUAUAUNAUAUAUAUAUAUAUAUAUAUAUAUAUAUAUAUAUAUAUUAAUAUAUUAUAUACUUUUACCCAUUCCUACCUUAAUUGCGAUAAGGUUGUUUACGUUCUGAUGCAAUUUAUAGAGAAAAAAAUUGUUCUGGAGUGUCUCAACUCCCUCCCUAUAAAUUAAACUGGCGGCUUUCCCUAGCAGAUGAGAUAAUUGCAAGAUUUCUUGGACACAGAACAUACGAGAUGAAAUAUACUUAUUGGAGUCUUACAAGAUUUUACUAUUCGCGUGCGUGUAUAUUAAUAUUUGGAUCUUUAGAGUAUUAUAUUUUCUCUUCCUGUGCUGUAUGUUGAUAUAGUUUGUUUUUUUCUCUAUGCAUUUGAUUUUGUAUUUUAACAAACUAAUAAAUGUAAUAGUAUAAUUAUAUUAAAUAUUGUUCAUAUCAAUAGUUUUGGUACCGCUUUUCUUUGUACAGUUUUCAGUCCUAUGUUGUAUGGUUAUGCAGAUCAUGGAUCAUGUGAAGAUUGAAGUGAAAGAAGCUCUCCCAUAUCUUAGUGAUGAAUGCUUGGAAAAAUUACUGGACCAGCUGACCACUCUCGGUGUGGAGGAUAAGGAGGACUUGAAGUUGGUGACGGAGGAUGACCUCAUCGGUGUUCUUACGCCAAUACAGUGUAGGAAACUUCUGGCCAAAUGGACCAGCCCAGGUGAAUGCGUUGAUAUGAGAUCUAUACCGUGCGUGUAAGAUAGUUGGAUAUAAGAUCUGUUCCAUGAUUGUAAGAUAUGUGGAUGCACACACACACACAUUUAUAAUAUGGCUUGAUUGAUUUAUUACUUAUGAAAAAACGUGUUUUCAUUCAAAUAUGCAAAAAAAAAAAACCAAACAUCAAACAAAAAUGCAAAAAAAAAAAACAAACAACAAACAAAAAAACAAAAAAAAAAACACACAAAACAACAAAAAAACAAAAAAAACAAAAAAAAACAAACAAACGAACCAACAAACGAAACACCGUAAGGAUAAUAUUAUUAUGAUUGGUGUGUCACUUACCCUGACAGGUAACUGAUUGGUGAAGAUGUCCACUCAAGCAACCCCCAGCUGUAAUCGAGCCAAUGUAUUCAUUCAUUCAAAUAUCAGNUCAAAUAUGCAAAAAAAACCCUGCCAUCAAUCAAAUAUGCAAAAAAAAACACCCUGCCAUCAAUCAAAUAUGCACAAAAAAAACCCUGCCAUCAAUCAAAUUUGCAAAAAAUAUAAUUACUACAAGGAUAUAAAAUACUUUGAAAUAUCUAAUGUAAUUAAUUCAUUAAUUGAACAUGUACCAUCGUUUUUUUUUUUUUUUUAAAUAUUUUUGAAAUGACUAGAGUUUAUGUACAAUUUAUAGGAGUUUAUUUAUUUAUAUUAUUAUAAUUAGUAGUAGGAUACAUUCUGUUUUCGGUAAUGUAAAAGCAUUGCAAAUUUUUAAGGGUGUAACUUGACGACAGACCAGCCGUGAGAGCUUUAUCGUGUAGUGUCGAAUUUAAAAAAACAAACAAUUUGAAUAGUCUCGUAACUUAGCGUACAACAAUCUCAAGAGCUCAUUUGAUGUGUUUUUGCUUUUAUCGAGAGUCCACGAGUAAUUUCUUUUUGUUUUCUUUCUUUUUUUUUAUUGUUAAUAAUAAUGCGAUUUAUGUUUUUUCCAGCUCAUUUAGCACCAAAAACAAUUCAUCAAAAUUCAAAUUGUGAACAUGGCGAUGACAAGGAAGUCUCUUUAAGGCCAAACCCUGGUCGUUUCCGUGACUCCAAGAGAAGACACGGCUCCUACGGGACGGACAGCCACUGCUCCUACGAGACGGACAGCUACUGCUCCUACGGGACGGAAAGCCACUGCUCCUACGAGACGGACAGCUACUGCUCCUACGGGACGGAAAGCCACUGCUCCUACGAGACGGACAGCCACUGCUCCUACGAGACGGACAGCUACUGCUCCUCAUCCUCAUCCCAGCUCGAUGGGAAAGACGCGCCCACCGACGCCGAGCAGCAGUACAAGCUGACAGUCCUGCAAGACAUCCACCAGGGCACGCGGCUCGGACAGGCGGACUCUGGCUCCAGCUGGACGCUAUCGGAUGUUUCGGACAGUUGGAGUGACGUGGAAGAUUUUUAUCGAGAGGAAUUUCCCUACAAAGUAGAUGGAACCGGUGAUGAACCUGCUAACAUGAACGUAAGUUCUUAUAUGGCCGGACGGGGGAUGACUCAAAAGCUGGGGAAAAAAUGAAGUUAUUUUAAGAGCAAUGCCGGAUGUGGCGUCUUCUCGAAGAUGUAUAUUUUUGUGGAUAUCAUAAUGCUAACAAAAUGAAGUUAUUGCCUACCAAUCUUGUUUAAAUAAGUUCCCGUCAAAUUUGACUUUCGGAUUAAGGAUUGACUUUGGCGACUCUAGUUGGCAACCCAACUCAUACUCUCACUGACAGUCUCACGAACACGCCAAGGCAGCACGGCUCCUCGUUGGCACGGCUCCUUGUUGGCACGGCUUUCCCACACUUUCGUUAGGCUAAACAUAUUUGUUUGAUUUGAUUGUUUGACCCCAGGUCUAAGUUUCAUCAAGCAAAUGAGACCAUCGAUCGAACCAAUCAAAAGGAAUUCCCCCCCCCCCUUUAGGAUUUUUCAAUUAUUUUGCAAGUUUUUUUUUUUUUUUUAAAGUCUGUUAAGCAAGGAGUUCCAGUGUGGUGGACAGAUAUGGUAUUCUCACAAUUGUUGUUUUUUUAAAGGAUUUUUUAAAUGUAUCUAUCUUGGCCGUCAAGAGUCGAUUUUUUAAAGUUAAUUUUUUAAAGCCUUUAUAAUAUUUUAUAAAUGAUAAAUUACAGUACAUAUUUUCAAAUCUUGUCGAAUCGCGACAAAAUAAGAUGUUAUUUAUUAUUCGUUAACAGCUGGAAGACUGGCACAUAGUGGAGAAGAAAGGGGCUGAAUUAAAUUACCUCAUAGCCACGGAAUUGAUGACAACAGAGCGGGAUUAUGUUGCGAGGCUCCACAUCUUGUACAAUGUAAGUAGCUGCAGAGAUGUAAGUUGUUGUAGAGAUGUAAGUAGCUGUAGAGAUGUAAGCAACUGCAGAGAUGUAAUUAGCUGCAGAGAUGUAAGAAGAUGCAGAGAUGUAAUUAGCUGCAGAGAUGUAAGAAGAUGCAGAGAUGUAAGUAGCUGCAGAGAUGUAAGUAGCUAUAGAAAUGUAAGUAGCUGCAGAGAUGUAGUAUUUGCAGAGGUGUACGUAGUUGCAGAGAUGUAAGUAGCUGCAGAGAUGUAAGUAGCUGCAGAGAUGUAAGUAGCUGCAGAGAUGUAAGUAGCUGCAGAGAUGUAAGUAGCUGCAGAGAUGUAAGUAGUUGUAGAGAUGUAAGUAGCUGUAGAGAUGUAAGUAGAUGCAGAGAUGAAAGUAGCUGCAGAGAUGUAAGUAGUUGCAGAGGUGUACGUAGUUGUAGAGAUGUAAGUAGCUGCAGAGAUGUAAGUAGCUGCAGAGAUGUAAGUAGCUGCAGAGAUGUAGUAUUUGCAGAGGUGUACGUAGUUGCAGAGAUGUAAGUAGCUGCAGAGAUGUAAGUAGCUGCAGAGAUGUAAGUAGCUGCAGAGAUGUAAGAAGCUGCAGAGAUGUAAGUAGCUGCAAAGAUGUAAGUAGUUGUAGAGAUGCAAGUAGUUAGAGUGUAUAAAUAGCUGCAGAGAUGUAAGUAGCUGUAGAGAUGUAAGUAGUUGUAGAGAUGCAAGUAGUUAGAGUGUAUAAAUAGCUGCAGAGAUGUAAGUAGCUGUAGAGAUGUAAGUAGCUGCAGAGAUGUAAGUAGUUGCAGAGGUGUACGUAGUUGUAGAGAUGUAAAUAGCUGUAGAGAUGUAAGUAGCUGUAGAGAUGUAAGUAGUUAGUUUGAUGUAAAGAGCUGUAGAGAUGUAAGUAGCUGCAGAGAUGAAAGUAGUUUGCAGAGGUGUACGUAGUUGUAGAGAUGUAAGUAGCUGUAGAGAUGUAAGUAGCUGUAGAGAUGUAAGUAGCUGCAGAGAUGUAAGUAGUUUGCAGAGGUGUACGUAGUUGUAGAGAUGUAAGUAGCUGUAGAGAUGUAAGUAGCUGUAGAGAUGUAAGUAGAUGCAAAGAUGAAAGUCUAUCUUCAAAACUUCGCCCUAUUCAAGUAAUUAAAUAUAUUAUGUAUUAACUCACCAGGAUGUAUAAAAUUUACGUUUUUGUUUUUUUUGCGACAACUUGCUUGCAUGAGAAUGGGUCUAAAUAAGUUCCAUAAUGAAGUCUAAUUACUUGGCGUAAUCGAAGUAAAUAAUGUCCAAUUGACUCAUUACAGAUUUUUUACGUUGAGCUUGAGAAGGAGAACAAGUUCUCACCUUUUCUACCAGACAACGCACUGCCUCUCAUCUUCUCAAACAUCAAGAGUAUUUACUUGUUUCACAAGGAUUUCAUCUUACCCCAGUUGGAGGAACGCAUCACCCAUUGGUAGGUGAUCUAUUGGAGACUUAAGACGCCUAUUGGUAGGUGAACAAUUUGAAACACAAGACGCCUAUUGGUAGGUGAUCUAUUGGAGAUUUAAAACGUCUAUUGGUAGGUGAUCUAUUGGAGACUUAAGACGCCUAUUGGUAGGUAAACUAUUGGAGACUUAAGAUGCAUACUGGUAGGUGAACUAUUUGAGACCUAAGACGCCUAUUGGUUGUUGAACUAUUGGAGACCUAAGACGCCUAUUGGUAGGUGAACUAUUUGAAACUUAAGACGCCCAUAGUUGUGCUGAGGCUGAGGGCCAAUCUGCUAUUCAAACGAUUUUUUUAAAAUUUAAUUGGGUCAAUAUGAAUGCAUACAUUUUAUAACCACUCCUCGAUGCAAUGGUUCCAGGAGUUCUGAUCAGAGAGUUGGAGAUAUCAUGAAGAAGAAUGCCCCUUUUCUGAAGAUCUAUGGCGAGUUCGUACACAACUUUAGGACAGCCGUGAAAAACAUUGAGGUAUGGAGGAGAAAAUCGUCAAGAUUCAGUGAGAUUGUACAUAGACUUGAGGUACAUAUAUCUCAUAACUCAUAUAUCUCAUAACUCAUUCAUGUAUAUCAUAACUCAUACAUAUAUCUCAUAACUCAUGAAUAUUUCUCAUAACUCAUACAUAUAUCUCGUAACUCAUACACCAAUCUCCUAACUCAUAUAUAUAUCUCAUGACUCAUUAAUAAUCUCAAACCUCAUACAUAUAUCUCAUAACUCAUACACCAAUCUCAUAACUCAUACAUCAUGCUAAUUUAGCACCGUGUGAUUUAAAUGGAACAGAAUGCCCUUAAUAAAUUUCAAUUUGUAAAAAUCUUUUGGCUAACAAUUUAUUAGACUAUAAAAUUGAUAAAAAAUGAAAAUUUGCUGCAUGAAAAUUAAGUUAUGUGCAUCGUCCUAUACCUCAACCUACCCACACAUGCAUAUACAAAAAACAUUUUAAACAAAUUCGCUCUUGAAUAAUCUCAACACUUCUAAGGCACUUCUCAUGGGAAAUUAUAUACGUCCCUUAGUUUCCCAAUCAACGCAUUACCAACUGGACUAUCUGGCCAGCUUCAUGAUGAUAAUCGAAUAUUUAACGACAUAAAGGAUACAACUGCACCGAGAGGCAAAGCAGUGUAGACUAGCUGUACAAAAGUUAACUCGAGUAAAUGUGGUUCAAUGAUGUUGGCAGCAGAAAAUCAUUCUCUCCUAUGUAAUAAGGGUCCACGGUCUAGGUAUUGAUCACACUGGCUCCUAUGUAUCUAGAGGGAUUCGCAAUGUCUCCGUGCCUGGUAUUGAAGAUGAUAUUUCACUGGUUGCAAGGGCUGCUCGGCGAGGGUAUCAGGAACUGAGGUUUGGAAGGCCUGAGGGCGCAAUAAACACAUAUGUGUCUGUCAACCAAUGUUAUUCAACCCUCAUGUUAGUGUAAUGAGUUCAUUUUUCCCUCUAUGAUACAAUAUAUUUCAACAUUGUAAUGCAGAGUGUCUUGAAUGAAGUAGUAAAAUAAUUCGCCUACAUCAAUUAUCUUUGUUUAUCAACUCCCGCUAACCUCGCCACCAAAGUUUUUAGACUGUGUAUGAAUUAAACAUGCACUUCCUGUGUUGUCAUAGAAGCAUUUUCGUAUAAUGUCUACAAAUUAAUAACUUCCUGUCAAAUUAUUAUUAUUUAUCAUGUGAGAUUAUGUCUUUCAUUUUUUCCCCCACCUUCUUUGUUUGUGUUAAGUUUGUGGGGUAAGGCAUUCACCCGAAACAAUCGUUCUAUCUUCAUGUUCUGUCAUUCUGGCUGCAACCACAUCCUGGUUUGAAUAAUUCCUUUCAGCAACUCCCAGAGUGUGAGCGCCUGCCAUUCCAAAACCUGUUGAUUGAACCCGUUCAAAGGCUCGUGCGGUAUGAACUGUUGCUGAAAGGUAAGAUGUCGCAAUGGUGAAUUAUAUAUCAUUAAACGAAACUGAAGGUGUUACAGCAAUGGGGUUAUCCCAUGUUAUUAUAGCCAUAUUAUUAACGUAUCAUAACAAAUGACGGCAUAUUUUUUUAUUUUUUUUUAAAAACUGGGUUGCUUAAACGUUUUGUUGCCUUUGUAGGUCAUUACUUAAUCCCACAAUUCCUGGUAAACGGCCGAACAGUGAUCAUUUCCGACGGGUUAUUUUUUUAAACUUUAAAUAGAAAAAAAAAGAGCACACACACACACACACACACAAACACAUACGCACAACAAAACCGUGCCGUCCUUAGAAUGUUUGUGCUGUAGGCAAGACCCCAAAAAAUAUACCGCCCUUUUACCCUAAAUGUUAAUCACUCAUUAAAUUCUACGAGUUUUCAGCUUUCAAAACGUUUGAGUUGAUUUAUCUAAAUGAAAAAAAAAUAUGUCAUGAACAGGCCGAUUUGUUGGAACUUUUUAGUUGGAUAACUUUGCUUAAACAUUUAAAUUCCUAAAUCGGCAAAUUUGUUUUCAGCUUCAGGAGUUUUAAUAUUUCAUAGUUGAUUUGAAGACAAACAUGAUUAUCUGGCGUCAUUAGAUUACUUUUUUUUUUUUUUUAAAAGUAGGUUACCGAAAGAAAAUUUCCUGGGAAGGCAAAGUUAUUCAGUUGUUAAGCUUAUCUCUUAAUUAACAUUUUAUUAUCAGAAAAUUGAGCUGUUCUUGCUUUGCAUUAGUGAAAUCCUGAAUUAUUUCGGCCGUAGCCAGCUCUUCUGCAAUCGUUCUUUCUUUGGAUAUCAUAGAAAAACCCAACCACAACCAUUUUGAGACAUGGUAGAAUGAAGAUAAAUUUGUAUGAGUUUGGCUUCGAAACACUUCUCUCGGCAAACGCAUUUUCUUAUUGAGAGUGCUGGCAGGGGCGUCCUUACGGGGUUUUUCAGGGAAGGGGCAAUACCAAAACUUGGUUGAUUUGUUAAGUUGUUUAUUACUGGAGGCGCCACUGUGCAUAGCUAUUUAACUAAAACCUGCAAAUUCAGAAAGGGGAGGGGGGUGCGCAAAUGCCCCCCUCUGCCUCAACCAUACGCCGUCCCACAGUGUAAUCCUCUUUCCAUCGCCAGUGUAGUCAAAACGUCAUUUUCAGAUGCUAAGGCCAAUUUAAGGUCUAUGAUUUUCUGGAAAACUAAUUUUGAAAAUUAAAAUGUUCUUUUAAAAAAAAAAAGAAUGCUAUACAAAAAUCAAAAUAAGUCAUUGUUAGAGGAUAAUUGUAAACAAACAAGAAAACAAAACUAUAAUUAGUUGUAUGUUUGGCGGUAUCCAAAAUCUGCUAUAAAAUAAAAACAAAACUAAACUAAAAUUAUUUUCUGGUAAAGAAUAAUCUGAAAUUUCUCCGUCGAACUGUCUCUCCUUCGUGGAUCUAUCAAUAAUUGUUUUUUGUUUUUUUUUUAAAUUUCGCUGGAAUUCGCCACCCUUAUUAAAAAAAAAUACCGCUCUCAUCAGCCACAAGUGUCGCCUAUAACAAAAACCGCCACUGGUAAUACAGUUUGUUGUCUAUACGUUUGAAGAACUUUAAUGGGUUGCAAUUUUCACUUGCCAAGUAAUCGGGAAUGAAAAAAAAAAAAAAAGGCCGUAUUUUUUAUUUAUUUUUUUAAAUGGAAUUCUCACAGUCGUAGGCCAAUCAUUUCGACUGCUUCGCUCCGAGCCUUAUCAGCUGUUGCUGUUUGUCCAUUUGCAUUUGACAUCAACUUGUUUGUUUACUAUUACAGAAUACGUGCGCGUGCUGUCAGAAGACUCGCCUGACCUCC